AGAAUUUCUUUCUGACUACUUUGUUCUCUCUUUUCUGAUCAAUACCAUGACUAGAAAGAAAGUAGACCUUACAUACAUAACCAAUGACUCCAAGAGGAAGACAACAUUCAAGAAAAGAAAAAUUGGUUUGAUCAAGAAAAUGAAUGAAAUUAGCACUCUUUGUGGGAUUGAAGCAUGUGCUAUAAUUUACAAUCCAAAUGAUCCUCAACCAGAGGUUUGGCCAUCUGACGCAGGAGUCCAAAUGGUGCUUUCUAGGUUCAGGAGAAUGUCUGAACUAAAACAAAACAAAAAGAUGUUGAACCAAGAGAGCUUGUUGAAGCAAAUAGUCAUCAAAUCCCAAGAGCAGUUGAAGAGACUGAGAAGUGAAAAUAGGAAGAAAGAAAUGUCCCAUCUUAUUUUUCAAUACUUGACUAUUGGGGGGAUUUUUGACAAUCCUAGCUUGAUUGAUUUGAAUGAUAUCUCAUGGUUGAUUGAUCAUAACUUGAAUGAAAUAGAAAAGAAGAUCAAUAGGAUCCAAAUCCAAGAAGUGACACCAAUGAUUGAAAAUGAAGGAGAACGAGGAUUCAUGCAUCAUGUCCAAGGGCUAGAGAGCGACAUGAACACCUUUCAAAGGCAACAUUAAUCCAUGGAGAUAUAUGCUCCCAAUUAAAGAUGUUAAAGUGUCCAAAAUAGCCUUUGAUCUUACCUAUGCCUCCCUUAAAAAAUUAUAUUCUUCUAAGUGUUUCAAGAGUCUUUUCCAUUUCAAUCAGUUAUGAUUAUCUUUAAUGUAUUUCUUUGAAAAUGUCUAUGAAUACAAAUCUCAUU